AUGGACGCUCCGGAGCCAGAUACCCCUUUCGCCGCUGUUACUGCGCAAACGACGAAAUUUGGCAGGAUAUUUCAAAGUUACUUGGACAAGUCGACACCUUUCACCACCUACAGAUGGGUUGGCACAGGGGUUCUCUUCCUCUUUUUCGCCCUCCGGAUAUUCAUCGCGCAAGGCUGGUACAUUGUUGCCUAUUCUCUAGGCAUCUACCUCCUCAAUCUCUUCCUCGCCUUCCUCUCACCGAAAUUCGACCCUUCGCUCGAACAAGAUGAGGGAAUGGAGGACGGACAAGCCGGUGGACUCCCCACCAAGGAGGAGGAGGAGUUCCGACCUUUUGUCCGCAGGCUUCCAGAGUUCAAGUUCUGGUACAGCACGACCAAAGCGAUCGCCAUUGGCUUCGUCUGCAGCUGGUUCGAGGUCUUCAACUUGCCAGUCUUCUGGCCCGUCUUGGUGGUAUACUGGUUGAUUCUCUUUGGAUUGACGAUGCGACGACAAAUCCAGCACAUGAUCAAGUACCGUUACGUUCCCUUCACCGUCGGAAAGACGCGCUACCCAGGCGCCGCGAAAUAA